AUGUACGCCAUGGAAGGCAAGGGUAGUCUCCGGGCUGUGAUCCUCCUCCUGGGCGCGGUCCUCGUCGUAGGGAGCUUGGUGCCGCUGGCCGAGGCAGAUCCGACGGCCGCCGCCACCGGAGCUGCGGACGCCAAGUUCUGCUGCAAGGACAAGAUAGGGAGCCACUGCUACGCCGCCUGCACUACGCAGUACGGCCCCACCCCGUUCUGCGCGGAGAUGUGCUGCUGUGUGCAGCUUACGAGCGGCAGAUGCCCGAGGCAAUGCCCCACCCCGGCCGACCCCAGACUUUUUCUUGCCAACAGCUCCACCUUCGACCUUCUCACAACCAACGCCGUUGAGGUUGAGAGCUGCACGCUGAGGUGCUCCUCCAUCGUCUGUGACAGCAUGCGCAACGUUAUCGAUGUCGGCAGCGUGGGGACGAAAGCCGUCGUGGAGCGCUGCGGCGAUGCAUGCGGCCGCUUCUGUGCCGGGGCCGGCGGCGUUGCAUCCCUUGAUGCUUAA